UUCUGUUGCAACUUGCAACUUUUUCUUCGAGACAUUAAUGGCGGUUUAGAUUCUUUUCUCUGAUCCGUUGUGGCCGCGUGGUCCAAUUUCUCCGGCGGGGCGUGAUUUUAAGGUCAAUUUGAGGUUUAAAUUGGAGAAUUUAGAGUGCAAUCAUAUAUCGGUGUGUGUUUUGAGAUGGGGAAUGGUGAAGAAACAAAAUGCGUUUUCCCCUUGACGAGUCUCCAGAUCGGAGACUUGCAGUCAUAUCUUUCUGAUCUCAGUAUUUUCAUGGCCAAUAAAAGCAAGAAGAUUUACAUAUUGGUGGAUAACCGGCCAUGGUUGAAUCCCGGCACCCGUUCUGCUCAUUUCUGGCAACUUAUGGUUACAAAGUCCAGACUCUCCCCUUUUGCAAACUCGAAAGGUAAAGAAGGGAAGAAAAAGCAGAAGCAGGAGGAUGAGGAGAAGCCUAAAGAGGCGUGUUCCCAGUCCAACAGUAAGAAAAUAAAAGAGCUCAAGAAAUGGUUCUCACUGAUUGACGCAACAACUUUUUCCAAGAACAAAAUACCUGCAAAGAAACUGCAAAGCUCUUUGUAUCUAAACAAGCAGCUGCACAAGACCUUGUAUGGUUUCAUCGUGUUUGAAGUUGAAUGGGCCAAUGUGAGGGGUAUCAAUUACUUGAACGAGCUACAGACAGACACAUCUCUUGCUAUUGAAGCUAAAUUGAUGCGAAGGUGGGAGUUUGAGAGUAUCGAUCAAGCUCUUACAAAUAUGUCUCAGUGGUUUUCUGGAUCAAAAUCUGAAAGAUCUUGCUUGAGGGAAUAUCUUGAUUCAACUAAAGGAGAGGUUUUUCAUGACGCUGAAGCUGAUUUUUCAAAACAUUCACCUGUUGACGAUGACGCUGAACUCUGUAGUGAUUAUGUGUCUGUUGAAAACGACUCUCCUUGCUGCUCAAGAAGUGUCUUCAGCGUUGACCAUUCUACUGCAGACUACGAUGAAAAAGAGCCUCACACACCGCCUCUUACCGGACCAUACAAGAGAAGAAGAGUAACUAAGGCAAUCAGCACCGGAGUUGAAUUUGACUAUAUGGAGGAAACACCCAAAAGAAAAGAUAACUCGUUAGACCACUGGGAACGCCACGUACCUGAUGGUGAGAACAUCACUGAAGCAACCGAGUAUAAAGAUGUCCUAGUUCUGGUCAGGUUUGGUGACCGUGACCUGCCCUUUAAAUUCCGAGAGGUUAUAAUGUCCGACAUACGCUUGCUUACUCUGCUUGAAGCUGGUCUCCCUUCAUGGGUCCUGUUUUUGCAGUCUUAUCCUGGAUUUUGCCAUCUUUAUCGACCAUGGAUGUGCCUUCUCGCCAGAACACUGUAUGUGAUUAUAUCAAUCAUCACCGUUGUGAUCGGUUUUUACGACCUGUACAAAAACGUCCCCGUUCUAAAGGCUACUGCAUCUCGGCUAUGUGGUCCACUCUUUGAUUGGGUCGAGACAUGGGACAUGGUAUCACGGAUAAAGUACUUGGGAACGAUGUUGUUUCUUCACAACGUUCAGAAAGCUGUCAAGUGGGCUAUGACAAUGGCACGUGGUGUACAGUCGUUUGUUUCUUUACUCGUAAUGCCUCUGGUGAAUCCUCUUUUGGAGGUUCUCUGUUUGCUCCUGCCGGUUUGGAAUUCGCUGGCGGAAACAGUGGAGAGCUUGGUUUCAGUGGUUUGGAUAGUGAUUGAAUCUGGUUGGAAUCUUGUUGGUGAUGUGGUGGAGUUGGUGCUUUUGCCAAUUUGGUUUGUCGUCUCACUAGUUUGGAACAUCACAAGUGCGGUUUUGUUGCCUCUGUUCUGGAUCAUAUGGGAAGUGGUAUAUGCACCAAUCCGAGUGGUUGUUGCAUUGGCCAGCGGUUUAGCUUUUUCCUUUUCAUACCUAUUCGAUGUUCUUGGAGAUUUAUGGCGGUACAUGAGCAGCAUACUUCAGUUUGCAUCAGAUUCUCAAGCAGCUGUGAAGACGUAUGAAGUUUCCAUGUGGCGUACACUUUGGAAUGACCUCUUUUCUCAUGUUUUUCGUGCUGUCAGGAGUAUAUUGAACGGGUUUGUAGCCUUCUUUGCUGCCUGUAACAGACACCGGCUUAGUACAUAUAACCACAUACAAGAUUUUAUCCAGAGACUACAUGGACGAACCUCGAGAACAGACUCUAGAAACUCAAAACAUGGCAGGUCUGCUAAGAGCCAUCAACGUACAGGAGAUGACACAAGGAGGAAACUGCACCUUCCAUAG